CCCCCAAGGACCAGAGGCGGUCCUACAGUCGGGCACAUCGCUACCUGCAGGGCGGCCUGGAGACGCUGGUGCCGGGUCCUUCCGGGACGCUCGGCUGGCCCCUCUCCGCCCACCGAGUCCGAUGGCGGUGGCGGCGGCGGCGGCGGCGCUGAGGGACACUCCUCAGGGCAGUGUGACCUUUGAGGAUGUGGCUGUGUACUUCUCCUGGGAGGAAUGGGCUCUCCUUGACGAGGCUCAGAGAUGCCUGUACCACGAUGUGAUGCUGGAGAACUUUGCACUUACAUCCUCACUGGGCUGUUGGCACGGAGUAGAAGAUAAGGAAGCACCUUCUGAACAGAGCAUUUGUAUAGGAGUGUCACAGAUCAGGACUCUCAAGGCAGAUUCGUCUCCCCAGAAGGGCCAGCCCUUUGAGAUGUGUGGCCCAGUCUUGAGAGAUAUUUUGCACUUUCCUGAGCACCAGGAAACACAUCUAGGGCAGAAACCAUACACAUGUGGAAAUCGAUUCUAUAUCUCUGCUAACCUUCAGCAAUACCAGGGGCAACACAUUGGAGAAAUACCCAUCAGAAGUGCUGUGGACACAGCCUUGAUUAUAAACAGCUGCACAACCCAUGUGUCUGGGAAACCCACUGUCUAUGGGGAGACUGGGAACGACUUCUUUGUCAAUGUGGGAUUUUUCCAUCAACAGGUCAUUCACACUGAGGAGAAGCCAAACAAUAGUAAUGAGUGUGAAGCUGUCUCUCACAAUGGAAAAAGGCAUGAGAACUGGGAAGAAGGCAACAAAGCCUUCCACUGCACAGAUACACUUGUUGAGGACCAACGAGUCCUUACUAGAGAAGGGCUUUAUGAGUGCAGCAAAUGUGGAAAAGCCUGUACUCGAAGAUGUAACCUCAUUCAGCACCAGAAAGUCCACACUGGAGAAAGGCCUUAUGAAUGCCAUGAAUGUGGAAAAUUGUUUACCUACCUCUCCAGCUUCAUUAUACACCAGAGAGUUCACAGUGGAGAAAGACCUUAUGAAUGCAGCGAAUGUGGGAAAUCGUUUAGCCAAAGCUAUAGCCUCAACAGCCAUAGGAAAGUUCACACAGGAGAAAAACCUUAUGAGUGCAGGGAAUGUGGGAAGUCUUUUAGUCAAAGAUCUAAUCUCAUUCAGCAUCAGAGAGUUCACACUGGAGAAAGGCCUUAUGAGUGCAGUGAAUGUGGGAAAUCUUUUAGCCAAAACUUUAGCCUCAUUUACCACCGGAGAGUUCACACUGGAGAACGGCCUCAUCAGUGCAGUGAAUGUGGAAAAUCCUUUAGCCGAAGCUCUAGCCUCAUUCACCACAGAAGACUUCAUACUGGAGAGAGGCCUUAUGAGUGCAGUAAAUGCGGGAAAUCCUUUAAGCAAAGCUCCAGCUUUAGCUCACAUCGGAAAGUCCACACAGGAGAAAGGCCUUAUGAGUGUGGGGACUGCGGAAAAUCAUUUAGCCAUAGCUCCAACCUCAAGAAUCACUGGAGGGUUCACACUGGAGAAAGGCCUGUUGAGUGCAGUGAAUGUGGGAAAUCAUUUAGCUGUAAAUCUAACCUUGUUAAACACCUGAGAGUUCACACUGGAGAAAGGCCUUAUGAGUGUGGGGAAUGUGGAAAAUCGUUUAGCCAAAGUUCCAGCCUCAUUCAGCACCAGAGAGUUCACAUUCGAAAAAGGUCUGAGUGCAGUGAAUGUUGGAAAAAAACGUCUCAGUCCAGCUCUCUCAAUAACCAUGGGAAAAUCCACACUGCAGAAAAGCCAUAUCAGUGAAAGGAAUAUGAUAAACCUUUCACCUGUAAGUACUCUUUCAUUGAACAUCAGAGAACUCAUACUGGAGAAAGGCCUUAUGAGUGUAAAGUAUGUGGGAAAUCAUACACUUUUCUGCCUGGCUUUCAUUCCCAUAGGAAAAUCCAUCUUGGAGAAAUUUACGAGUGCAGUGAAUGUGGGAAAUGUUUUAUUGGUAGUUCAAACCUUCAUUGUCAUCAGAGAGUUCACACUGGAGAAAAGCCUUAUGAAUUUCCCAAAUAUGGAUGGCUGUGA